AUGCAUUCUUUCGUAGUUCCUAAAUCCCGUCGACCUCGAUUUAACCUUAAACUCCAAGUCCACGACCUUAACAAUGUCCCCCUGGUUAGCGGCCUCGCCUACGUCAAAUGGCAUAUUCGCGACUCACCCCUCGCCGAAUCCAGAGGACGGACGAGCAAGAUACCGAUAAAAGAACAUCGAGUAACAUGGAGAUACACAAAGGAGCUGGUCAUCAAAAUGACCGUCGACAGGGGUGGUAUGCUGUCACCCGUUUAUCUCGACCUCGAAAUCAUCCAGGAAUACAGCGGGAGGGAACGAAUAAUACUCGGGACCUUGGAGUUGAAUCUUGCUGAAUACGUUGGACGAGAGCGGGAGAGUAGGAGGUAUUUGAUGCAGGCUAGUAAGAUCAAUUCGACGGUGCAGAUAUCGACAGAAAUUAAGCAGAUUUCGGGUGAUAUGAGCUUUAAAGUACCUGAACUACGUCCUGCGCAGGUGUUCUCUGGCAUAGCCGGCGUGGUCAUGAGCGAACCCACGAUAUCCGAACCCGUGGAUCCGAACUCUACGUCAGCAGCCGAAAACCCCUAUGGCGCCGAGAUGACGAAUAUGCCCGCUCAUUCACGGGAACGGGAUCGAGCACACGACAUAUACCGAAAAUCCCUGGCAGCUUCAUGGCAACUCCAGACGGGUGAAUUAAACGCCGUGGAUUGCAUUGAGGAUAUUUUCGCGGGUGGUACAGGAUGGGCACAAGAUCCGGGUCGUCAGACCGCAACGGAUGAUAUCGUAAACUGUAACUCUAACCCAGAUGACAGUGAAACGAGAUCUUCGCAUCAGGAUCUUCACCCUUCGGCUCAUCGGGGCUCAAGUCAUAAACUCACCAGUGGUUGGCACCAUAACGACUCAUGGAAGCGAGCACGAAGUUUCCAAUUUGAAAGACAAGACUCUUCGGCGAGUUCGAGACCCAGUCCUCGUAUACCGUUAAAAGCGGAUUCGUUUAGGUCGACGAGUUCUUUAAGGCCGCAUGCAGUAUCUAGGGCGGUUUCUCCUAAUGAUUCUGGGAGCUCGCAGACAAUCAACAUAUCUCAAGAUCGGGCCUCAAACGUUUCUCAGCAUCAUGGAUGGCAUUCCUUGGAAGUUGCAGAAGAAGAUUUGAGAGACAAUCUUACCAGUUGGUCUUUAUAG